CAAAAUACACAAAAUGGCUUCGAUUGACAAGAGCAAGAUUGGCUGGGAGCACUAUGCGGACUACGGUGAAGGCUUCCACGACCGCCUCGCAACCCACUGGCCCGAGCCCCGCGAGCAACUGCACGCAGGUGGCUGGCGGAUGACCAAGCGCAUUGCUCUUGAACUCAACCUCGCGGACAGCGAGGGCGCGGAAGGCAAGCAUUACCUAGACUUGUGCUGUGGCGAGGGCGCUUCGGCCAUCCAGCUCGCCAAGGAGUACAACUGCAAGAUCACCGGCAUUGACAUUGUUGAGAAGGCAAUCAACCGGGCCAAGGAGCAAGCCAAGGCCGACAAGGUCGAGCACCUCGUCACGUUCGUGGCCUGCAACGCCUUCCAGCUUCCGUUUGCUGAUGGCUCGUUCGAUGCCAUUUUCGGCCAAGACCCCGAUGCGCUCAGCCACCAGGAUCGCGUUCACAUCUUCCGUGAAUGCCUCCGUGUCCUCAAGCCCAACGGCCGCUUUGUCUUCUUCCACCACUGGAUUCCCGGUCUCGGUUUCCCCGAAGAUGAGGCCAAGGCCAUCGAUGCCAAGAACGAAGAACUCAAAUUCCUCGCCAUGAACAACUGCAACGCCGACACCUACCUGAAGGACAUGAAGACGGCCGGCUUUGUCAUUGACGACGCCGAGGACAUUGGCGACCUGGCUGCUGCUCAUCUGCGUGGCGUCGCCUUGUCUCACUACAAGAAGAAUGGCAAGAUUGGCGACGCGUGGCUCCAGAACAACCUCGACUACAUUGAUCGCGGUCGUCGCUUUGGCCUUUGGUGCACCGCCCACAAGGAAGGCUCCUCGCAGGGUAAUGUUCGCACCUCGUCCUUCAAUGCCAACGAACCCCCUGCGUACACGACCACGAGCACAGUCACAGCAGAGGAGCUGGCGCAGGCGCAGGGCCGCAUCCGCGCGCUCGAGAUGCAACUCCGCUCUGUCGAUGAGCGUGCCUCCUCGGCCGUCGCAGUAGCCUCGACUCUUUCUGUGAUUGCGGGUGUGGUGGUUGUGGCCGCGGGAAUUCGCCUGUACCUUGCUCGCUGAGGAUUGAAAUGCACUUUUUUUCUCUCUUUGUGUUUUUUUUUUCUCUCUUUUGGGCUUUCUCAGCUCGCCCGCUUCUUCUCCACUCCUCUCCCAUCAUACUUUCGCACGAGGGAGGAGAUGACUGCACACGACCAGCUUGCAGCUGUCUCUUGUCUGCUACCGCGCGUGAGAUGCUGCUUGCUUUGGUCGUGUGUCUGCUGAUUUUUCUUCCGUUUUUUUUCAACUCUUUCAAAUGCACAAUUACGGGUCAUACCUAUUACAUAUUCACCUCUGUGUUCAUGUGAUGACUUUGGUUUGCUCCUCCCAC